GAGGAGGUGAGCUCAAGUUCUUCUACUCCACCAUCUUGUCCAGAAUUGAGGGGCUACUUUUAGUUUGGAUGCUUUCUGCCUCUUUCGUCAGUGUGUACUGGCCAUUAUCCCUUUGAUAUGGGGUGCAUAGGUGCAGCAGCCCUUGCAUGCUCUCCUGGUAUGGCAGGGGCAGUGGUCCGCCCCCAACCAUGGGUCUCUCAGUGGCAGCACUGGCUAUGUGCCCCCAGGACAGCAGGGGCAUCAAUGGGCACCUGCUCCUGGGUCUCCCAGUGGUGGCUACGGCCCACGCAUUCCCGGGACAGCAGGGACAGUGAUUGGUGCCUGCUCACCCCCCGUGCGUGCUCCCCAUACGGCAGGGGCAGCAACUAGUUUCUGUUCCCAGGUCUCCUAGCUGCGGCAGGGCCCACUCACCCCCAGGACAGUGGGGACAGCAAUUGGUGCCUGCGCACAGGUCCCCUAGUUUUGGUAGCAGCCCAUGCCCACUUCUGGAGCCCACGAUGGCGGUAGCAGCUCAUGCCCACCCCAAGAGCUCAUAUAGUUGGUGUUCUGUUGCCUGAGAGCAUGCACACAGGGAAAGAAGCUCCUAUGGCAGUCCCACCCUGUCCUCGUGCACCCCCCAGUAAUGGUGACUUGCCCUUCUGGCAUGCCCAGGUUCUUCCAAAUACACCCUCAGUUGCCACAGUCCAGCCUCUUCAGGCUGUCUCCCCACAGGCAACGCUGUUCCUCUCCCUGGGUUUGACCUCUGAAGCCCAAGCUUCAGCACGCAGCCCCCACGCGUACCAGUGGAUGAGCAUCUCAGGCUAGGGAGCACAGGGUGGCAGUAGGUCACUCCAUUUUGCUUUCCGCAAACUGGUUGCUGCACUCUCCUCAGAGGCUCUGACGCUCCCCCUCGUCCAGGCUGAUCUCCCUGCCGGUGAGGGGACUUCCUAGGGUGUGAGAACCUUUCCUCCUUCACAACUCCCUCCCUGGGGCACAGGUCCCAUCCCAACUCCUUUUUCUUUUUUUUUUCUUUUGUCCUUAUGUGGAGGUUUUCUUGCCCUUUCGGAAGUCUGAGGUCUUCUGCCAGUGUUCAGUAGAUGUUCUGUGCAAAUUGUUCCACUUGAAGAUGUGUUUCGGAUGCGUUUGUGGAAGGAGGAAACAAAUCACAAGACAGUGGCAUAGCAGAGAUGGAAGAACUUCCCGUACCACAUAACAUCAAAAUAAGCAACAUUACGUGUGACUCAUUCAAGAUUUCAUGGGAAAUGGAUUCAAAAUCAAAAGACCGUAUUACACACUAUUUCAUUGACCUCAAUAAGAAAGAGAACAAGAACUCCAAUAAAUUUAAACACAAGGAUGUUCCAACAAAACUGGUGGCAAAAGCUGUUCCCUUGCCGAUGACUGUCCGUGGACACUGGUUUUUGAGCCCAAGAACUGAGUAUACAGUAGCAGUGCAGACCGCCUCAAAACAAGUUGAUGGUGAUUAUGUUGUGUCUGAAUGGAGUGAAAUUAUAGAAUUCUGCACAGCAGACUAUUCAAAAGUUCAUCUAACACAACUGUUGGAGAAGGCCGAAGUGAUUGCAGGCCGGAUGCUUAAAUUUUCUGUUUUUUAUCGUAACCAGCACAAAGAAUAUUUUGACUAUAUUCGAGAACAUCAUGGGAAUGCUAUGCAGCCCUCUGUCAAGGAUAACAGUGGUAGCCAUGGCUCUCCUAUCAGUGGAAAAUUGGAAGGCAUCUUCUUCAGCUGCAGCACUGAAUUCAAUACUGGGAAGCCACCCCAGGAUUCACCUUAUGGAAGAUACAGGUUUGAGAUUACAGCAGAAAAACUUUUUAACCCCAAUACUAACUUAUACUUUGGGGACUUCUACUGUAUGUACACUGCUUAUCAUUAUGUGAUUCUUGUCAUUGCCCCUGUGGGAUCACCAGGAGAUGAAUUUUGUAAGCAGCGCCUUCCUCAACUAAAUUCCAAGGAUAAUAAAUUUUUGACCUGCAGAGAAGAAGAUGGGAUGCUGGUUUACCACCAUGCCCAGGAUGUCAUUUUAGAAGUCAUUUACACUGACCCUGUGGAUCUUUCUCUAGGCACUGUGGCAGAAAUCACUGGUCAUCAGCUUAUGAGUUUAUCUACUGCAAAUGCAAAGAAAGAUCCCAGCUGCAAAACCUGUAAUAUUAGUGUUGGACGUUAAUGCCCACUUUUCUUAGUCCCCUUUCUUCCCUUAGGAGCAUUGAUCCUCUGUUGUCCAUUUUCAUCACUUCAUCACCAUAUGUCUUCCACUGAAGCAUGCACAUGCCGCUCUCACCAAAAGCAAACUGCCACUUAUCAAAUUUCAUUCAGAGCUGUUUUAGUGUUUCCUAUUCCCUACCCUUCCCCCUCGUUUCAAUGCUGAAAUAUCCUAAAAGUUGUCCUUCUGACACUCUGUUGCCUAGAUGCUGCAAUGUUUUAAUUUUUCCUUUAUGCCAAACAUAACCAAUUAUAUAAACUGCUUUAGCAAAAUACAAAGUAAUGGAAAAUAAUGGCUUAUAAAUGGUGUUUAAAUAUGCACUCAUUUUAAUCUACUGAGCAAAUAUUGGGAUUAUUCCAAACCGCAUGAAAGGGUGUAAUUGCAGCAUGAAUUAAAUCUUGAAGCCUAGAAUUGUCAGCACUUCCAACUUGUUGUUUGACAGUGUUAUUUAUGUUAUUUAUAUUAGCUAACAGGAAACAACUAAUGUGUUUCAACAUAAUAAAUAUAAUAGGAAAAUAUUUUAUUUGUAUUGUAUAAAAUAUUUACAAUCUUAUAGAAUAUAUAGAGUUACAUUUUAAUAGCAAUUGUAUACAUGUCACGAAACCAUUUCCCUUAUCAAAGAUGUAGUUUGUAAACCUCAAAUAGUUGUGUAUCUGUUCUGUUACAAGUAGAUGACUUUAAUUAAACAAAUUUAUGAAGGACAUUAUUCUGAUUUAUAAAAUAUCAGGUAAAUACAGAGAAAACAAAACAAUAAGCCUCUGAAAUAGUCUGCUUCAGAAAUAGUCAAUAUUCUUCCCAUCCAAACUAUGUGAAAGUGUGAAUGUGUUCAACACCAUGCUUUAAACAUUACAGAAAAGAGAAAUAUAAACAUGGUUGGUACAAGA